GACGGUGGAGUCUCCGCACGGUUGGCGGGGUAUGCGUAGCCGGGGAGUAGGUUCGUGGGCUGUGGAGGCGACGGAGCGGGGGGCCGGUGGGGCCAGCUCAGGGAGGACCUGCCUGGGGGCUAUCUCUUGCAUACCCUUGCUUGGGCUGGCCGGGGUGUCACUUCUGCCUCCCUGCCCUCCAGACCAUGGACGGCUCCUUCGUCCAGCACAGUGUGAGGGUUCUGCAGGAGCUCAACAAGCAACGGGAGAAGGGCCAGUACUGCGACGCCACUCUGGACGUGGGGGGCCUGGUGUUUAAGGCGCACUGGAGUGUCCUUGCCUGCUGCAGUCACUUCUUCCAGAGCCUCUACGGGGAUGGCUCAGGGGGCAGUGUCGUCCUCCCUGCUGGCUUCGCUGAGAUCUUUGGCCUCUUGUUGGACUUUUUCUACACUGGUCACCUCGCUCUCACCUCAGGGAACCGGGAUCAGGUGCUCCUGGCAGCCAGGGAGUUGCGAGUGCCAGAGGCCGUAGAGCUGUGCCAGAGCUUCAAGCCCAAAACUUCAGUGGGACAGGCAGCAGGUGGCCAGAGUGGGCAGGGGCCCCCUGCCUCCCAGAAUGUGAACAGCCACGUCAAGGAGCCGGCAGGCUUGGAAGAAGAGGAGGUUUCGAGGACUCUGGGUCUAGUCCCCAGGGAUCAGGAGCCCAGAGGCAGUCAUAGUCCUCAGAGGCCCCAGCUCCAUUCCCUAGCUCAGAGUGAGAGCCCCUCCUCCCUCUGUGGGAAACUCAAGCAGGCCUCGAAGCCUUGUCCCCCCGAGGACAAGAAACUCGAGGACUGCAAAGUGCUCCCAAGGCCCUUCGAGGCUGAAGGUGCCCAGCUGCAGGGCGGCAGUAAUGAGUGGGAAGUGGUGGUUCAAGUGGAGGACGAUGGGGAUGGCGAUUACAUGUCUGAGCCUGAGGCUGUGCUGACCAGGAGGAAGUCAAAUGUAAUCCGAAAGCCCUGUGCAGCUGAGCCAGCCCUGAAUGCGGGCUCCCUAGCAGCUGAGCCUGCUGAGAACAGAAAAGGUACAGCGGUGCCGGUCGAAUGCCCCACAUGUCAUAAAAAGUUCCUCAGCAAAUAUUAUCUAAAAGUCCACAACAGGAAACAUACUGGGGAGAAACCCUUUGAGUGUCCCAAAUGUGGGAAAUGUUACUUUCGGAAGGAGAACCUCCUGGAGCAUGAAGCCCGGAAUUGCAUGAACCGCUCGGAACAGGUCUUCACGUGCUCUGUGUGCCAGGAGACAUUCCGCCGAAGGAUGGAGCUGCGGGUGCACAUGGUGUCUCACACAGGGGAGAUGCCCUACAAGGUCAGGCUUGGCCUGUCUCCAGGGCCAGGGUGUUCCUCCUGCUCCCAGCAGUUCAUGCAGAAGAAAGACUUGCAGAGCCACAUGAUCAAGCUUCAUGGAGCCCCCAAGCCCCAUGCAUGCCCCACCUGCGCCAAGUGCUUCCUGUCUCGGACAGAGCUGCAGCUGCACGAAGCUUUCAAGCACCGUGGUGAGAAGCUGUUUGUGUGUGAGGAGUGUGGGCACCGGGCCUCGAGCCGGAAUGGCCUGCAGAUGCACAUCAAGGCCAAGCACAGGAAUGAGAGGCCACACGUAUGUGAGUUCUGCAGCCACGCCUUCACCCAAAAGGCCAAUCUCAACAUGCACCUGCGCACACACACGGGCGAGAAGCCCUUCCAGUGCCACCUCUGUGGCAAGACCUUCCGAACCCAAGCCAGCCUGGACAAGCACAACCGCACCCACACCGGGGAAAGGCCCUUCAGUUGCGAGUUCUGUGAACAGCGUUUCACUGAGAAGGGGCCCCUCCUGAGGCACGUGGCCAGCCGCCAUCAGGAGGGCCGGCCCCACUUCUGCCAGAUCUGCGGCAAGACCUUCAAAGCCGUGGAGCAACUGCGUGUGCAUGUCAGACGGCACAAGGGGGUGAGGAAGUUCGAGUGCACCGAGUGCGGCUACAAGUUUACCCGACAGGCCCACCUGCGGAGGCACAUGGAGAUCCACGACCGGGUGGAGAACUACAACCCGCGGCAGCGCAAGCUCCGCAACCUGAUCAUUGAGGAUGAGAAGAUGGUGGUGGUGGCGCUGCAGCCGCCUGCAGAGCUGGAGGUGGGCUCGGCGGAGGUCAUUGUGGAGUCCCUGGCCCAGGGCGGCCUGGCCUCCCAGCUCCCCGGCCAGAGACUGUGUGCAGAGGAGAGCUUCACCGGCCCAGGUGUCCUGGAGCCAUCCCUCAUCAUCACAGCUGCUGUCCCCGAGGACUGUGACACAUAGCCUACUCUAGCCACCAGAGCCCACUUGGCCCCACCCCUCAAUAAACCGUGUGGCUUUGGA